GAGCUAUAUAGACAAAUCUACACCAUCAACAAAUCACUAACAAAUUUUCAUCCUAGUGCAAAGUCAGACCAAAGCCUUUUUUGUUUAUUUGGUUGAACGGACGUCAGAACUCCGACUAGCAUCUGUAUUUUAAAUCCCUUUUAUUUGAUCUCGUCUUGUGGGCGAAUUAUCAAAUGUGAAUCAUUCCGGUCUGGGGGCAAUCAAUUACCUAAUUUGCAUUCUUUUCAUAUUUCGUACCCACACACACGCACUACCUCUGGGGAAUAAAUCAGCUAUCCGAUUGCUUACUGUUACAAAACCGUUACACAGACGAAAUCAAUUAACAUUAAUCGGAAAAGUCGCCAUCCAAAGAAAAAAACUCCGCCUAAUGGUUCUGUUCUAUUUACUUGCUCCAAAGGACGUUGGCAUUUCUUUUCAAACAGCACGAUAAAAAUUUCCAUUCUUUUUCAGUUUAAGUAGUUUUUUUUCAAACUCAAAUACGAUCAUUCUAAACUGCUUAAAUUGAAUAAAUUGCAAUUGUUGCUCAAUAAGAGAACAGUCAAAAGUGUUGGGAGUAAAUUUGUUUAGCCACUUCCCAAUUUAGUGAGCCUAGGAAACACGUGUUUCCUUUAAAGGGGAUAUUACGCAAAGAUUUCUUUUCCUCACAUUUACAUCAAAAAAUGAGUAACAAAAUUUUUUCUACUCAAUUGCAAAAAAAUUCUUUUAUCAUCUUGUCAGCUUGCAGAGAGAACAUGGAAUUAAUAUAUAAAAGCAUCAUCAAAAAACAUCGAAAUCUCUUUAAAUAAUUCACUUUCAUAAAUUUGAAUCCUUCCGCGAUUACUUUGUCAACAACUAUUAAGCUUUAUUUAAUUCGGUCAAAUUUUUAGACAGGACUUCACAGAUACUUUUGUACACUUGAAUAUUUGAAAGUUUACAGAUCUGAAGAUUACAAUUUUCACCCUAGAUCAUUUACCAAUUAACUUGAACUUUAUUAACCAUUUUUUCUUCGCUUGACCCUUUGUCAUUGGAGAAUCUGUUCAUAGUUUUAUAAUCAAACUCAUACUAAAACUAACGGUAAUUCGACGCGUUAGUGACAGUUUUGCACUUUACUUAAGCUCCAUUUAGACAGAAAAUUUUCAUCUUGCUCGUCGAGAAGAUUAUUUCACUGAAGUAUUGAGACAACCCCUUGUGAUAUCUGACAUUUCGAUACGAUCAAGAAGUUUCAUUCAAGUUAAUCCCAUCAUAGUUUGAAUCAAACUCGAAUUCAACUCAAAUCGGGGUUCGAUGUUUGAUCGACCUCGCGGUUAACAUCUCUUUGGAGUUUCAGGCACAAGGUUUUUACACAUAUUUUACCUGACAAGUUGAUUAUUUUUGUCGACCUGUAUUAGAGCUGCUAACUAUUUGGUUGUUGAUUUAGCACGAAUUAGUAACAAAUCUAGUUUAUUAUUUAACCGAUUGAUCAAUUUAACAUGGUCAUAGUAAAAACAAUCAUAUUGGAUUAUCCAAGACAUCAAAAGACAUAUUUACUUGAUUCGUUUAGACAUGCUUGCAAAAGUUUGAAGAUGAUUCGCGAAAACAACGACAGGUGAGGCGAAACAUAGUUUUGGAAUCUAUCAUUCAACGCCCAUAAUUAAAUUCAAGUUGGAGCCAAAAAGCAAUUACAUCCAAAAGCGUAUACCUAGCUAAUUACCAUUGUACCACUCAUUUAUAUCGUACUAUGCACUGGAGCAUCUUUACAAUUCAUAUCUAGUUUACCCUCAAAUUGUAUAAUUGCAGCCAUUGAUUGCAAAGUCAGGACAGGUGAGCGCAAAUGAAGCGUCGUAAGAUCUGGAUCAAUCACCCAACCUUGUCCAGAAUCUAUUAUAAACACAAACUACACUUCUGCCAGACAGUCGCCAAAAAGCCCAAUUAAACCAUAAAGAAUCCAAUCAUUUCCAGUCGUCAGUAAGACUGAGGGAAAAUUGUCCAAACUCACACCAAAUGACUUCAAAUUCAAUCAUAUUCCGAAUCAUAAUCGUAGAAAUACUUCACUUAUACCUCUUCACAGUAUCAAAUGCAUUCACCAUCAGAGCCCCAGCCCUGAAACGAGACAGCGAUGAAAUGCCAAAACAAAUGAACGUACAGAACAAAGCGACAAAGGAGAGUAAAUACCCGACUGAAGAUUCAUAUCGAGUGAUAGGACUUGACCAAAUUGUUCAAAUGCACGAUGUGGAUACUGGAUUAUUCGUUACUAUCAGAGAAGGCAGCAACAAAAUAGUUUUAUCGGACCAGAGCCAAUCAAUAAGAUCGCUAUUUGAGAUGACUCCCGCAAGUGGCGUUGAUGAGUCCUAUCCCAGUGACGCGUGGAUUAUCCGCUCCAUGUACAGGACUAACAGAUACAUCUGCCAGAAUAAGAAAGGAUCAGUCUACUUGAGUAAAUUGAAGCGUGGCUGUCUGAUGCACAAAGUGGUCAACCAGAAGGGAGUCACUUUCUACAACUACAAGAGAUGGACCAAACUGGUCGUCAGCAGAAUCGAGCCAAACCAAUUUAUCCCUGAGAGCGCAACCACCUCUGGUCAAAUGGACAUUCUAUCAGCACCCUUACCUCUCAAAGCCAUGGUCACAGACCUCGCAUUCGAACUUUACACCACCGACCUCAAACUAUCCACACUGCUUAAACAAAGACUGGACCAGAGCCCAGACCUUGAACUCACUUUGGCUAAGACCCUGGAUCCUAUUAAAGGUACUGCACUGAAAUCUACACGAGUGACACUAACGAAACAAGACUGGAUCAAAGCGUCCCUUUUCGACUCCAGUGACGUAGAUUGGAAAGCGAUGGUGACAAGAGAACUGAAAUUUAUCAAAGCUCGAGAACCUCUUGGACACUUCCAGGAGUUCCAAUGAACCUCAUCAAAGCGAGUUUACUUUAGGAUCUUGAAGUAAUUCAUGAUUCAUACGCAAUGACUACAAAGACCCCCAAAAAGUCGUGAACUUUUAAUCGUCGACCUACAUCGACAAUUGAACAAUCAAAUUAUCACAUGAACGAAACGGUUACGAGCAAAAGACUCGCAACGAGCAAUGAAAGCUGUUUUUAUUGACAUAACAGAGCAAAAUUAGAUAAUUUUGAGACAAGCCAUAAAUUUCAGAGGCCGCUACAAAACAUACAAGUUGACAAAAAACUAAUUAAAAGGACGGCAGAAGAUAAUGGAGCAGCUUGAAGCUGAUUCUCAUUAAACUUAUUGUACAUAAACUCAACUUGUAAAUUGGCAUUUCCUUUUGACGCAUUCCAGACAAGUAGAAAUAUAAUCAAUGAAUUUA